AUGUCGUCUUCAAAAGGACGGAAGGUGGGACCUACACCAUCACAAUUACUUUCAUCGGCUCUUCAAUCCCGAGCAGGAAACAUGGAUGAAACACCAGAUUUGACAUCCCCAAACUUGGACGCGUCCUUGACCGAUUUGCCAUCACCAACACCCAACGACUUGCCUACAUUAUCUUCAGCAAACCAAGCCAUGAAAUUGAAUCAACGACAGGUGCAAGCUCUUGCCAUACAAUUACAACAACGCGCAGCUUUACAACAAGCACAGGAGAAAAUGGGUUCACCUUCAUCAUUAUUGGCAUCAUCGCCGGUGGUGCAACCUACUGGUGUUAGGAGAGUACCUCCUUCAGCUGCUGUUGCCACCAUGAGUCCUGCUCCAGUGUUUAGUGGAGAGGCAGUCAAGAGGUCUCGCUCAAAAGAAGAUUUGGCUAGGAUGGUUGAUGCAUCGAGACACUCUGUACCUCCUUCCGUUCCGCCACGAACGAAUACACCAGCACCAGGUGAUGCACCAUCAUCAGCUAGUGCUGUGGAGGAUGCUAACAACCACAACAAAAACUCUUCAGCCAAAUCAUCAGAGACAAAAUUGCUACAAUCUAUUAUACGAAACAAGGUUAAUACCAGUAAUACCGACUUGACUUCCUCGUCGUAUGGAUCAGAUUCGAAUCCAGGAGUGGGAUCACAGCAAAACUCAUACACCGACCUUCCAUUAUUGGGAUCACCAGCUGUCAGCACUCCAUUAACCAAAGGCAUCGAAUCUCUAAUCGAUAUUAAACGUGGACCACCAAAACGUGUCGACAGUCUCAGUCGUUCCAAACCCGAAAAGCAGGCCUCAGUCAUGUCAACCACUUCAGCAACCACAAAAGAAGAAAAGAAAAUGUCUCGUGCCAUGACACGACAUCGAACCCUCAUGCGUAAAAAAAUUGUACGUCUCACAGCAGCAGGACACUUGGCAUUCGAAGUACCGGUACCUGAUCGAUACCUCGAGAACUGUAAAUACACUGAAGCUCGUGAAUUUACGUUUUUGAGGUAUACUGCUGUCGCUCAUGACCCUGAUGAAGUCGGACGUCCCAAGAUGGGGUACGAAGUACGUCAGAAUAUGAUGAAACGAGAUACUGAAUUGGCUGUGUGUGUCACGAUGUAUAACGAGGAUGAGAUACUUUUCGCAAAGACUCUGACGGCCAUUAUGAAGAAUGUUGCUUACAUGUGCUCUAAAAAGUGUUAUCGAAGCUGGGGUGAUGAGGGAUGGAAGCAUGCUGUUGUGGUUAUUGUGUCGGAUGGUCGUAAAAAGAUUCAUAAACGAGUGCUUGCUAUGCUUGGUCUUAUGGGUCUGUAUCAAGACUUGUGUCGAACUACCGUCGACGGUAAACCAACAACAGCCCAUUGGUUUGAACUCACUACUCAAGUAGCCGUCGACAAGGACAUGAGCAUUCGCGGCUGCAAAGAUGGAUUUGUGCCGGUGCAAGUCUUGUUCUGUCUGAAGGAACACAAUGCCAAAAAGCUCAACUCGCAUCGUUGGUUCUUUAACGGAAUAUGUCCAUUACUGAAACCAAAUGUUUGUGCUCUUAUCGAUGUGGGCACUAAGCCUACUCCACAGUCGUUUUAUCAUUUGUGGCGUGCUUUCGAUCGCAACAAGCAUGUUGGUGGAGCAUGUGGUGAGAUUUGUGUCGAAAGUACUCAUGCUUUCAGUAUGUUGAAUCCAUUAGUGGCUAGUCAGAACUUUGAGUACAAAAUGUCAAACAUCCUAGAUAAACCUCUUGAAUCCGUCUUGGGAUACAUUCAAGUGCUUCCUGGUGCAUUCUCCGCUUACCGAUACGAAGCAGUCCAAAACUCGACUCCAACCUCAGGUCCAUUGGUGGAAUACUUCAAGGGAGAAACACUGCAUAACAGUGCUGAUUUUGAUGUGUCGUCUGCAAACAAGUACUUGGCAGAAGAUCGAAUCUUGUGUUUCGAAGUAGUCACAAAAUUGAACUCAGCAUGGACUUUGAAAUAUGUAAAGGCUGCUCGAGCCGAGACUGAUGUACCUAGUGCUCUGCCGGAGCUGGUUUCACAACGACGACGUUGGUUGAAUGGUUCUUUGUUUGCUUUGAUUCACGCAAUUUCUCAUUUCGAUUUAUUCUUCCGUUCUUCACACCCUAUAUACCGAAAGGCUCUCUUCAUGUUCUUGACACUUUACAAUAUCGUUAACUUGAUCUUCACCUGGUUCUCUAUCGGAAACUUCUACCUUACAUUCUUUUUCCUCUCCCAAAUCUGCUCCAAGCCUGCAUCAGACCCCUUCCGCGGUGGCGGACCACUAGUCCUCCUCCUCAUGAAACAACUCUACGCAUCAGCCUUCCUCAUAAUCCUCAUUUCAUCAUUCGGAAACCGCCCACAAGGAAGCAAAAUGUUUUAUUAUUCGGUGGUCUAUCUGUUUGGACUGGUGAUGGUCUUCACCAUCUUUAUUGGGUUCCUGAGUGUUUUUGCGUACAUACCACAAAUGAAUUCGGCUGCUGAUAUCUUGACGCUGUUGAGUACGAGUGAUGUGUUUAGAGGGGUUGUUAUAUCUGUUUCUGCUACUUAUGGAAUGUAUCUGAUCAGUUCGCUUAUAUACUUGGAUUUCUGGCACAUGAUUACCUCUUGUAUUCCAUACAUGGUGAUGCUUCCUACAUACGUCAACAUGUUUAUGGUCUACGCAUUAUGUAACUUGCAUGAUGUCUCGUGGGGUACCAAAGGUGACAAUGUCGUCAAAUCAAACGUGGAACCAAUCAAACAAGACACCAUAGUCCGUGAAAAACGAGAAGAACUCGAAGUAGUCAUUCCCGAUGACGAUCGAGAAAACUUGAACACCAUGUACAAUGACUUGCUUGAAUCACUCAAGGUCGCUCCACCACCAGAAAAACAGGUUGUGGAUAACAAGACCAAGAGAGACGAUUAUUUCAAGCUGUUUAGGACUCGAGUUGUUGCUAGUUGGCUGCUGUCUAAUGGAUUGUUGAUCACUAUUUUUACUACUGAUUCAAUCACAUCCCUCCUCUUCCCAGCAUAUCAAAUCUCACCGUACUUGAUCCUCCUCUUCUGGGCAGUUACUGGUCUUGCUGCCGUACGAUUUACUGGUGCGAUGAUCUUUGUGUUUUUCGAAUACUUGUCGAAUUUCGUGGAUGCUGUGCUUCCUAUUCGACAAUUCCAAGGACCCAAGCCACGUCGAGCGUGA